CCACCUCCCACCCCCCAUCGAUCAACGGAAAGAGCCGAAGAUGUCGGCUUGGUCAUGUGAUCAGCUGUGUCCAAUCACAGCUGAUCGCUGAUCAUCAGGGCACUGAUGAUCAGUGUGCCCUGAUGAUCAGUGUAGCUCCAACAGUGCCACCUGUCAGUGUCCAUCAGUGCCAGCUGUCAGUGCUCAUCAGUGCCACCUGCCAGUGCCCAUCAGUGCCACAUCAAUGCCACAUAUCAGUGCCCAUCUGAGCUGCCUUUCAGCGUCACCUAUCAGUGCCAGUCAGUGCCACCUAUCAGUGCUGCCAAUCAGUGCCACCUAUCAGUGCCAGUCAGUGCCACCUAACAGUGCCAGUCAGUGCCGCCUAUCAGUGCCAUAUAUGAGUGCUGCCUUUCAGUGCCCAUCAGUG